CUUCCUGUCUUCCAUCCAAUUUCGACAGCCCCUUGGAGUUGGGUGCUCCACUGCAUGUGCUGGUGCCCGUUGGCGGUGAGUGUUGCCAUGUCAUGCAUGCUCCCUGAGCCUGACUCUUGCCUGGCACCCUGGGCACAGGGUCUGCUCUCGAGACAAGUAGGCUGAGAAAUACGCAAGCCCAUGUCAAAACUAGACGAAGAAGAAGAAGAAGAAGAAGAAGAAGAAGAAGAAGAAGAAGAAGGACAGGAUUAUUUUGGUCUGUCUGCUUGCCUUGUUUGUGCGACUCGUAUUAUCCUAGUGUGCGCGUGUCCAGGGUCAGAGUAGCUGCCUGCCUGCCUGCUGUGUGCGUGCCCUGUUUGUGUGUUUCUCGCACUUUGUCGGCGACCACAAAUGGCUGACGGCUGGCUGAACUCUACUACGUUGGAACUCUCGUCCCCUCCCCUCACCUGGAUACCGGCGUGGUCCGAAGGGGGAGCGCUGAGGUCGUCUAACCACCAUUCCGAAGGACCGGAGAGAGGCCCCGCGGCUGCGUCUUUACAAUUGCAACAACCACGUGGACUUUACAGGGAUCCCAUCUCCAACCUCGGAAGCGCCUUCGCUUGCUUUUCAUUCGCAAUUUGUCUCUCCUUGCCCCUGCCGCUCGCUAGAUAACAAGGCAAAAAAUUUGUUCGGGCUUUAGCUUGCUUGUCCGCUGGCUUCGGAAAGGAGCGUCUUUUUGACCGCCAGAAGAAGGAACGGACUCUGUACUUUGCUGUCUGCCGAUACCUGGGCAACAAGGGACGCGCGAUCGACAGGGGCACCCGUUACCUACGCCAUGGCCCAAUGUGGAAAACUGUCUGCCACACAUUCGCCACACCCUCGGCUGUAGCAAUCUCAAUUCCACCACAAGGUUGCAGUUUCAGAGCUGCUAGUGGUAAAGAGGACCGUUACAGAUAGCAAACUUUGAAGCU